AUGGUCUCUCGUAAUCAGAACGGCAAACUCAGCCAUGUAUCUGGCACCACGUUAUGGAGCGCAUCCGGCGCGUCAAACUCUCCGGCAGGACAAUAUACAUCAGUUUCGUUGUCUACGCCAUCCUCUUCUUCUUCAUCCUCCAUGUAUGCCUCGCGCGCGGCGAGUGCGGGCAUGACGACAACUUUUGCGCAAGCUGUCAACGGCGGCGGUAGCGGCAACAGCUUCAUAUCCGGCUCAGGUAUAUCGAGCACACCAUCGACCGCAGGCGCAUUUUACAGCACGGCAGCGGCGUCAGGGAAUGCCUCAGCUGCAUAUAUGCAAGCGCAACAACAAGCCCAGCAGCAUGCUCAGCAGCAGCAACAACAACAGCCGCUCGCAUCUCUUGAUCCUUCGGAUUUCCCGGCGUUAGGAGUUGCUAGUAAUACCAACGGAGGGAAUACCCUGAAUGCGGCGUCGCGAGCGAAAAACGGGUCUCAAACUGGAGUUGCAUCAAGUAGGCCUGGAUCUUCGUCGGCACAACCGACAGCAGCAGCAGCCUCAGACUCAAGUAGGUCAAAUGGUCCACCUCCAGGGCUUGGUGGGACAGCACAAACAGCAGCAGCAACUUCCUCGAAAAUGUCCCCACCACCGCCGUCGGGAGACAUUACUUCGGGAGCAGCAGCGGCAGCGGCAGCAGGGUCGGGGUCGAAUGGGGGUAACGAUUUCCCUGCGCUGCCGAAAAAUGGUGACUCGCGGCCGCCAAGCAACGGCAAAGCGGCUUUGGCAAAUCCAUCCCAGAGCACAAGCACAAGCACAAGCACAAGCACGACAACGAAUAGUAGUAAUAACAAUAGCAAUAACAGUACAAGCAAUAGCAGCACGAGCGAUAGCAAUUCAAGCACGAGCACCCCUAGUGCAUCAGAGCCCACCGGCAGUAAGAACGGCGAGAUAAUAUCAACGUUACCAAGCGACAUUGAAAAGUUUGGCAUGAAUGGUCUGCUGAGCGUGAUUCGCAUGGAAAACAAUGAUGAGACCGCAGUUGCAAUUGGUAGUGAUCUCGGGACUCUGGGAUUUCCCAGUAACCGACCGGAUGGUAAGAUUUCACGAUAUUUGACUGCUUCGUGGUCUGAAGAUGCAGUUGGAGCGCUGACACCUCCAGGAGGAGCUGCUGCUGCUGCUGCCCAGGGGACAACAGUUUCUGGAGCGGCACCUGGAUCCACGUUACCAACUCCCCCACAGCGGCCGGAACCUCUUUACGUUUUGCCACCAUGUUACCAGGUUGAGCGACCCACCGGAGCUGCGCAUGAAAAAAUCCAGCAGUACCAUGACGAGACGCUGUUUUACAUUUUCUACACGAUGCCACGAGAUGUGAUGCAGGAGAUGGCAGCAAUGGAGUUACAGGCGCGUAAUUGGCGGUUCCACAAGGAAAUGGGUUUAUGGUUGACCAAGGACCCGUUGUCGGAGCCCGUGCAGCAGAGCAAUACUGCGGAGCAAGGUGUUUAUAUUUUUUUCGAUCCAUUUACUUGGGAGAAAGUCAAGAAGGAGUACUUUUUGGUUUACUCUAGCAUUAUUUGA